GGGGGCACUUCCGCCCGUCCACUCCGGAACCCUCGUUUCGCCUCGGGUUUCCGCGGAGACCCGCAGCGCCGCCAGGACGGAAGUAGUGUGGGCCGGGCCGGGAGCAGUCAUGUCGGCCGCGUUGCUGCGAAGGGGUCUCGAGCUGCUGGCGGAAUCCGAGGCCUCCCGGGCCUCGCCAAGCCAGGCCGAACCGAGCGGAACUCGGGCGAAGCGGGCUCGGAAGGCGAAGGCGAGCCAGGCCCAGAAACUGCGAAACUCAGCUAAGGGAAAGGUGCCCAAGUCGGCGCUGGCUGAGUACCAGAAGCGAGAGUGUCAAGACUACCUCAGAGCAAACCUGAAGUUUAUGACCAGCAGGAGAAGCGUGGUGGAGGAGUCUGUGACCCAGCAGAUUUUGCGCCAAAACCAGGGCCGCAAGGCCUGUGACCGACCUGUGACCAAGACUAAGAAGAAGAAGGCAGCUGAGGGUACUGUGUUCACUGAGGAAGACUUCCAGAAGUUCCAGCAAGAAUACUUUGGCUGCUAGGCUUCCUGUAGGGAAGCAGAGGUGAGGCACUUGGGCCCAUCCUCCUAGGACUUGUCUGCCUCUGAUGGACCUGGGACUCAACCAUGCAAGGCACGGCCAGCAGGUGGCGAUGCAGGACCAGUUGGGUUCAAGGAAGCCCCAGAGCUGGAGCCACAGGAAGGCAGUAAUGGAGCUAAUGAGCUGGAAGCCCUGGAGCUGACUUCUGCAGGCUUGGGAGGAGCCAUCUGCACCUGCCAGAAAAGAAUAUUUCUUUUUGCUUUGCCCAGGUGAGGUCUCUGGGCUGUUUGCAGGUACUGGGCCCUUGAAGGCUAUACCUCCAGGAGCAGAAAGGCAGCUUCUGGGUGGGCUUCUGGGCUGAAAUAAACGUGGACUUGGG